AUGGCGCGGACACACGUCACUCGCGAGGACUUGCGGAUUGUUACACCGACAGCAGCAGCAGCAUCAGCAGCAGCAGCAAGACGAGCUGCGGGAAGGACGGUACUGCUGGUGCUGGUGGCCGUGUGCGUGACGACGAGCCCGACAGUCGCGAAUGCCGAGCCAUACGCAGACACGGGCCCCAUAGACCCGGAGACGGACCCCGCGGUGCUCGCGCGCAUGCUUCCGCUCAACGUGCGCGCGGGCGGGCCGUUCGCGGACUGGAUCACGGGCGAGCGCGAAUGGUUCAACGUCAACUACUACUUCGGCAAGGGCGGCAACGACCUGCUGGACACGCAGCGCAGCAACGACGUGAUCUGGGGGGGCGAGGGCGACGACGGGCUGUACGGCGAGGAUGGCAACGACACCAUGAUGGGCGGCCCCGGCAACGACCUGCUGUGCGGGGCGCCCGGGAGGGACAUCAUAUACGGGGAGGAGGGUGACGACACAGUGCUGGGGGACCCGUGCGGCAUCGGGAACAUCUGUGAGGGGCCCCAGGUGGUCUACAACGACUGGAUCCACGGCGGGCCAGGCAAGGACGUGCUGAACGGGCAGAAGGGCGAUGAUGAGAUCUAUGGUGGCACGGGCGAUGACAGGUUGUUUGGGGGGGACGACAAUGACUAUCUGAACGGCGAGGAGGGCAAUGAUGCUCUGUUUGGCGAGGCGGGUAACGACUACCUGGCGGGGGGGCCGGGCAAUGACACGCUCUAUGGCGCCGCUGGCACCGAUACGCUUUACGGCGGCCCUGGAUAUGACAUCUUGAGAGGUGGCGGCGGCACCAACAUAUUCGUUGUGGACGCCCAGCCAUGCGGCUCCUUUGACCAGAUCCGAUACUUUGAGCCCAAGAACGGCGAUCAGGUCAUAGUGGUGGCUGGAGGAGGAGCGGCAGGCAGGGAGCUGCUCAAGAAAGGCAGAGCGGCAGUGACAGUGCAGACAGUGAAGCAUGUGACGGGCGUCUAUGUGCAGGGGUGUGCGAAGCCCAUAGCGGUGUUCACAGGGGUGGACAUUCCCGCUGCUCCCAUCGCCAAGGCACUAAAGCUGCAUGCCAACCCCCCGCCGCCCCCCUCCUGGGUCGUGGGCUACAUCCCUCCGCCCAUCCCUGGCAAGAACGGAGUGCCGCCCAUCCCCCCUGACAACGUGUUGCAGGGCAGUCCGUUCGGGGACAACCUGUACGGCCUCAACCACUCCAAGAAGAUCGGCAAUUUCAUGUUUGGGCUGUCACUGAACGACAAGCUGGUGGGGGGCCCGGGCCCGGACGUUAUACUGGGCGGCAAUCACAACGACACCAUCAUUGGGGGCGCUGGGAACGACCGACUGUCGGGCGGGUCGGGAUACGAUUUGAUUCUGGGCGGCGCGGGCCGGGACGCGCUGUUUGGCGGGCACAACGUGGACAUUCUUUACGGAGGGGGGUGGGGCAACUGGAUCACUGGAGGGGACUCUGCAGACAAGAUCUACGUGGAUGCGCCCAGAAGCUGCCAGGCCACAGGGCCCGCGCCUGAUAUUAUCAAUGACUAUGACACGGACAAGAUAUUCAUUGUGGGCUCUCUCACGUCCCUCUCUCAGCUCUCCAUCGCCACCACUACCUCGGGCACCACCAUUGCUCUCAAGUAUGGUCUUCUUCUCUGCUUUUCUUCCCUCCCUUUCUCCCUCUCUUCCUACCUCCCUUCCUUCCUCCCUCCCUCCCUCCCUCCCUCCCUCCCUCCCUCCCUCCCUCCCUCCCUCCCUCCCUCCCUCCCUCCCUCCCUCCCUCCCUCCCUCCCUCCCUCCCUCCCUCCCUCCCUUUCUCCCACCUCUUUCCCUCUCUCACUCCCCACGUGCAGGGCUGUGCUACCCCGUUCAUCUUUGUGA